AUGGCUAUCAGGGCUACCAUUUGUUUUGUGUCUUUGGUGCUGUUUCUGACUCUUGUUGAGGCAAGAAUUCCCGGUUUUUACACUGGUGGAGCCUGGCAGAGCGCCCAUGCCACUUUUUAUGGUGGCAAUGAUGCCUCUGGGACUAUGGGCGGUGCUUGUGGCUACGGUAACUUGUACAGCCAAGGCUAUGGCGUGAACACUGCAGCACUAAGCACAGCCUUGUUCAACAGUGGCCUUAGUUGUGGUGCAUGUUUUGAAUUAAAGUGUGCUAAUGAUCCAACCUGGUGCCAUUCUGGUAGCCCAUCAAUUUUUAUCACCGCAACAAAUUUUUGCCCUCCUAAUUAUGCAUUGGCUAGUGACAAUGGCGGUUGGUGCAAUCCUCCUCGUCCUCACUUUGAUCUGGCUAUGCCUAUGUUCCUCAAGAUCGCCGAGUACCGUGCCGGCAUCGUCCCUGUCUCUUACCGCCGGGUACCUUGUAGAAAGCGGGGAGGAAUCAGGUUCACCAUCGACGGACACCGAUACUUCAACUUGGUUUUGAUCACCAACGUUGCAGGUGCAGGAGAUAUUGUGAAGGUGAGCGUGAAGGGAUCAAAGACUGGGUGGAUGAGCAUGAGUCGUAACUGGGGUCAAAACUGGCAGUCAAACUCAGUUUUGGUUGGUCAGUCGUUAUCUUUCCGGGUCACGGGCAGUGACAGACGCACUUCUACCUCAUGGAAUGUUGUUCCUUCAAAUUGGCAAUUUGGUCAAACUUUCACGGGAAAGAACUUCAGGGUUUAA